AUGACUGCUAGAUCAAUGAAAAAUGCCUUCUGGGAUGAGCUGCGUGCCAGUGCUGGCCCUAAUGGGAUGCCUUGGAUUAUAUGUGGGGAUUUUAAUGCCACUUUCAAUUUGGGUGACAAAAAUGGUGGUCCACCAAAUCUGGCCGACAUUAGAUUGGCAAAUUCAUUCCUACAGGAGCUCAAGUUGCUUGAACCCCCUGCGGUGGGACGUAGAUUUUCGUGGACCAAUGGUCAAUCAGACUCAAUCUGGGUGAAACUUGAUAGAUUUAUCGUCAAUAGUGAGUGCGUUGGGUUUUUCCCUAAGCUGAUCCAGAAAAGUUUGCCGCGUUUGGGCUCGGAUCACGUCUCGAUCAGGCUUGAGCUGGGCAUUCACUACUCUAUACCGCGGCCUUUUAGGUAUGAGUUGGCCUGGUUUAUGGCGGAGGGUCACUUGCGAUACUGGGCGAAAUUCUCCUUCGGCUCCAUCAAACUCAAAAAGCUUGCGCUGCUUCACGAGUUGGAUUGUUUGGAUUCGAUUGCGGAGAACAGAUGUUUAUCUCCCUUGGAGAGUAAACAGGGGGAGGAUCUUAAGCUUGAGCUUUUUUUGAUUCGUAAGCAAGAGGAACUCUACUGGAAGCAACGUUUUAGACUACAGUGGUUGAAAGAGGGGGAUGAGAACACGCGUUUUUUUCAUGCGGUUGCAAUUGGCCGACGGAACAGAAAUUUCAUCCCCAGUAUCAUCUUUAACGGCACCACUAUGACGGAUCCUAGGGACAUCGGGAAGGUGUUCUCAGACCGAUUUCAACUUCAGUUUGGACAAAGUCGUUCGAACCGUUUCUUGAUCGAUUUCAGGAAGCUCCUCUCGAAUAGGAAUCUAGUGGAUUUAUCGCAGCUCGAUAGACCGUUCACGAUGGAGGAAGUUAAGACUGCGGUUUUCGACCUUGGGAAGGAUAAGGCCCUUGGCCCUGAUGGUUUUCCCCUGCUAUUCUUUAGAUAG